AUGCUGGGAGUAUUCGAAGAAAUCAUCGAAUCGAAGACAAAGAUGACAACCGCCAAAUUUCACGUCGCAAAAGGGGACAAUGGCAACUUACUUUGCUCAGAAACUGCAGCAGAACUCGGAUUAAUAACAUUGAACAUACACAAUGUAAGCAAAGACAAAGCGGAAAUAAACACAACUACAAAAGUAAACACAACUGUGAAAGUGCCAAACGAAUUCACACCUGAGGCAGAAGCCACUGAAUUCAUUCAAUGUCUGACAAAUGAGUACGAGGACUUAUUCAGAGGAAUUGGGUGCCUGAAAAACUUCGAACUUAAGCUACACAUAGACCCUAACGUCAAGCCAGUUGCGCAACCAGAAAGGCGUAUACCAUUUCAUAUCCGGGAGAAAGUAACUCACGAACUGGACAAGUUAACAGAGCAAGGUAUCAUCGAGCCCUGUUCUGGCCCAACUCCCUGGGUCUCGCCCCUAGUCGUAGUACCAAAACCGAAGAACCCAGAAGAAACAAGAAUAUGUGUUGACAUGCGUAUGCCUAAUACAGCGAUAAUCCGUGAGCGCCAUCCCAUGCCUACUGCUGACGAACUUAUCCACAAGCUAAAUGGUGCAAAAGUCUUCUCAAAACUCGAUCUUCGCCACGGAUACCACCAAAUUCUCUUAGCUCCUGAGUCUCGUUACAUUACGACCUUUCGUACCCAUAAAGGACUGCACCGCUAUAUCCGACUUAACUAUGGCACAUCAGCAGCCUCAGAAGUUUUCCAGUAUGAUAUAAGCCAAGCCAUUGCUGGCAUUGACGGAGUUGUCAACAUCAGUGACGAUAUAAUCAUAUUCGGUAAAACACAGCUUGAUCAUGACACAGCCCUUAAAACUGUAUUUGAACGAUUGCGACAAGUCGGCCUCACCCUCGACAAAUCGAAAUGUGCUUAUAACAAGGGUACAUUGGAGUUCUUUGGCAUGACUUUCUCUGCAGAUGGCGUCAGCCCGGACCCAAAGAAAAUAGAAGCUAUCGUCAAUGCUCCCCGUCCAACCAAUGUGAGUGGGGUCCGCAGCCUGCUGGGCAUGACGAAUUACUGUUCAAAGUUUAUUGCAAACUAUGCAAACAUUACAACGCCCCUUCGACAACUCACAAAGAAAAAUGAGAAGUUCCAGUGGCUACCAGUCCAUGAAAAUGCCUGGAAAACACUAACAAAAGCUCUCACUUCAGCCCCAGUUAUGGCAUACUUUGAUACUACCAAAUGCACAGAACUCAUAGUCGAUGCCAGUCCAACUGGUUUGGGUGCUAUAUUACAGCAGCAUACCCCAGGAAACGAAGACCACAAAGUGAUUGCCUAUGCAAGUCGAGCACUCAGUCCCGUCGAACAAAGAUACAGUCAAACCGAACGUGAAGCCCUCGCCAUUGUUUGGGCAAUGGAAAGAUUUCAUAUUUAUACAUAUGGAACAGAAUUUGUCCUGUAUACAGAUCACAAGCCAUUAGAGUUGAUCUGCAAUAACCCUAAGUCCAAACCUCCUGCACGGAUCGAGCGAUGGUUCCUACGUCUUCACAAAUACCGUUUUCGAGUCCAAUAUAGCCCCGGGAAGGACAAUCCCUCAGAUUAUAUGUCUCGACACCCCCUGAACACAAGUGCAACACAUCGUCAAGGCGAGUUAGCAGAAGAGUACAUCACCUUCAUUGCACAGCACACUACUCCCAAGUCCAUCAGCCUGGAAGAAAUUAAACAGCAAACGAAAGAAGAUGCAACCCUGCAGAUUGCUAUGAAAUAUAUUCAGAAUGGAAAUUGGCAUGAGGCACGCAACUUGACAGAUGCAAACAUAAACAACCAGGAACUUAGUAUUCUGUAUAGCAUCCGAACUGAGUUGACUGCUAGUAAAGAUAAUGACCUGCUUCUGAAAUCCACCCGAAUAGUUAUACUAACAUCCCUGAGAAAACAAGCCAUCGAUCUGGUCCAUGAAGGCCAUCAAGGCUUAACCAAAACUAAGCAGUUGCUUCGAGAGAAAAUAUGGUUCCCAUCAAUUGAUUCCAUGGUGAAAAAGAUAAUCUAUGCUUGCAUCCCCUGCCAAAGCACCACUCCAGCUCACCCUCCAGUACCACUCAAAAUGUCAAAGAUGCCACCAACAUGGCAUACAGUGCACAUAGACUUUCUAGGUCCACUUCCGACCGGAGAGCUGAUACUUGUUGCAAUUGAUGCAUAUUCCCGGUACCCGGAAGUCGAAAUCGUACAUUCAACAUCAGCAGCAGCACUCAUCCCGAAGCUGGACAGAAUAUUCUCAACGCAUGGAAUUCCAUACAAAGUUGUAUCUGACAAUGGUCCUCCAUUCAACGGACAGGAAAUCAGGCGAUACAUGGGGAUCCAUGGCAUUGAGUUUGUAACAGUCACCCCUUUAUGGCCACAGGGCAACUCAGAAGCGGAAUCAUUCAUGAAACCAUUGCUUAAGUCCAUUCUAACAGCUCGAACAGAGGGCCGAAAUUGGAAAAAAGAAUUAUUCACCUUCCUCUUGAAUUAUCGAGCGACUCCCCACAGCACCACAAAAGUUGCCCCAGCCGAACUCCUGUUUAACAGAACAAUUCGCACCAAGUUACCACAACAAUACACUUCAUCAAAACCAAUCGACAAGCAUAUUAUGGCAAAAGAGAAUGAUCACAACUCCAAAAGUCAAAUGAAAAGGUAUACUGAUCAGGCGAGGCACACAAAGAAGACUCUGAUUAACGUUGGUGAUUUGGUUAUAUAUAAACAACAAAAGAAGAACAAGUUUUCAACAAAAUUCAAUCCAGUCCCUUACAAAGUGAUUAAAGUCCACGGUGCCACAAUUACAGCCCAACGACACUCUCAUAGCGUCUUAACCUUGGUGAAAAAGAGCGACAAUACCAUCUUGAUGAUCAACCAUCAGAUGAAGAAGAGGAUGAGAUAG